AGGGGUUCGUUUGACUUUGAGGUCAAUAAAGAAGCGCCGAAAUUGUUUCAUGCAAUUGGUGGACGAAUGGGGAACAUCUCAAACAGACGCAAGAUGUAUGCAUCGAUUCGAAAACCAGAACAAAGCGGCCAGAUUCAAGAAAUGCCGAUGCGUACCCGACGCCAAAACAUUGCUGCCAACGAAAAUUGUGUCAAAGUUGGGCAAAACGGAUCUAUCGAUUUACCGACAGUUACAACGCGCCAUGAACGAAAAAGCAUCGGAAGAAGACGAGUGUUUAUUCCCAAAAGUAAAAUGUUACUACAAAAACUGGCAAUUAAACCUCGAAUGCUCUGUGAUUUGGCAUCGUGACGUCGUGGCUGCUAAGAACAUUCUACUGAAAGGACUAUGGACAUUACUGGGACUUCCGACACCGGAGGCGAUCAAAAGGUAUUGGCGCGAAGCUGUUGAAGCAGCCGCUGCUGCUGUUGCCGCUGAAGCAUCCGCUGCUGCUGUCGCCAUCGUGCAUAAUGAUGUAGAAAUGUUCGAGUACGACCAGCAGCCAGCUGAUCAUGCUGUCUAA